CAUGCAGAGGAGGGAAAGAGCGCGGUAUAAAAGCAUGAGACCCACGCAACGAGAAAGCCUGGCUGGACGGGGAAGAGAGACAGCCUCUUGCAAGCGGAGACACACCGGCCAGCAGGAGGGGGGAUUCGCACACAAACUCUCCGCCGUUGCCGUCUUAGGACCGGGAACAAUUUCUCCAGCGAAUUGCCCCUUAAAGACUUAGACGUUUCCUGGUCCCCCCCCCCCCCGAGGAUUUUACAGCCAGGAAGGGAAGAGGUUCGGGAGCCACGCCGAAGACCCCGGGGAGGACCUUUAGCCUGCAAGACGCGCAGAAGCCCCGAGGGGGCGGCCGGAGCAGCCCCCACCCGCACCCCUCUGACAGCACCCACCCCAGCCCGGCUCAUGGGCUGAAGAACACAGGCGCCCGCCGACCGUCCCGGGAGCCCUCGGGUGCGCUGGAGACCCCAGUACGCGCCCCUGCGAAGGCGCCCGGUGGUGGGGACGGGCGGGGAGCACCUGGGAGGCUGGAAAGAGGAGGAGAAGUCGCCUUCCCCGGCCUUGGGGGCAGCAGUACCCCGAGUUAGAGACUAGAGAGCCCUCUGAGCGGGGCGCUCCCUCCGGCCGCCAGCAGGGGCGGACGCCGCCCCCGCCUCGCAUGCUGCCUUCGAAGGCAGGCCGGGCACCUCCAGCGCAAGGCGCGCUCCCUCUCCGGCGCCCUCUCCACCUCCUCCUCCUCGCCUUCGUCGUCCGCAGGCGCAGCGCCGACGGCUCUCGGCUGCGCUGCGCCACGAGGGCUGCCCCGCCGCCGCUGCUCCGGCUGCCUCGGAAGCGCGCUCGGCGCCCGACGAGGCGGCCGUGGGCGGACGAGAGGCCGGCGGCAGCUGCCUCCCGGUGCGCUCCUGCCGGCGGGCGCGACCCCAUGCGGGCGCCGGGCUGCCGGAGGAGCAGCGAGAGCAGCGCCCCCUGCAGCCGGACCCGCCCCCUGCCACGGCCCCGCUGCCGUCGGGCGGGCGCCCGAAGCCUCCUCGCGCCGCCGCCUCGGAAGCCGCCUCCCGCCCCGAAGUGGCUCCGCCGGGGUGGUGGCGGUGCGGCAGAGGCGCGGGCGGCAGCAGCAGCAGCAGCUCCUCCUCCUCCUCCUGCUCCCCGUCGUCGUCUGCCAGCCCGGUUGAUCCCGAGAGCGGCGCAGGGAAUCCAGCUGCUGCCCCACUAGACGCCGCCGGCGCGGCCGGGGCUCCUGCUGCCGCAGCCACUGCCGCCGCGGCUCCUCCUCUCGCUGCCGCUGCUGUGCCGUCGCCGUCGCGGAGCCCUAAAGCCGCCCGCUGCAAGAGGAUGGUGCGCCUGGCGGCCGAGCUACUCCUGCUGCUGGGACUCCUCCUGCUCACCUUGCACAUCACGGUGCUGCGGGGCAGGGAGCCCGACGCCGCCACGGGAAACCACAGCCAGCGCCAACCGGAUGCCCUCCACACAGAUGGCCUUCCAUCACCUGAAGCUAGCUUUACACUAAACCCUGAGGACAGACAGGAUUAUCCUGACCACCAUGUAGCGCACAAAUCGUUCACGAAGCAGCGAUUCAGGCAAGAGAAUGGGCAUACAGCUUUGCAAAGAGAUGGGCCCAGGCCAUUCCUCCUGGAUCUCCCAAACUUUCCUGACCUCUCAAAAGCAGACAUCAAUGGGCAAAACCCAAACAUCCAGGUGACAAUAGAAGUUGUUGACGGGCCAGACUCUGAACCAGAGAAGGAUCUCCGAAAGGAAGGCAGCAAACCCAGCUGGCCUGUCCCAUCACCAGACUGGAGGAACUGGUGGCAGAGAUCAGCACCCACCAUCACCCGCAUGAGUAGCGGGGACCAGGAUUACAAGUAUGAUAGCACAACCGAAGACAGCAACUUCCUGAACCCCGUCGGUGGUGGGUGGGAAAGCCACGCACCUAGUCACCGGACCUUUGACUCAAAGGAACAGCCAGAGUAUGAUUACAUAGAUGGGGAAGGAGACUGGAGCCCCUGGUCUAUUUGUAGUAUAACCUGUGGCAACGGCAAUCAGAAGCGCACCAGAACCUGUGGCUAUGCCUGCACAGCCACUGAAUCGAGGACAUGUGACAGGCCCAACUGUCCAGGGAUUGAAGACACCUUCAGGACAGCAGCAACAGAAGUGAGCUUGCUCGCAGGAAGUGAAGAAUUCAAUGCCACAAAGCUGUUCGAAGUCGAUACUGACAGCUGUGAAAGGUGGAUGAGCUGCAAGAGUGAAUUCUUAAAGAAGUACAUGCACAAAGUGAUCAACGACCUCCCUGCUUGCCCUUGCACGUACCCCACGGAGGUUGCCUACAGCACGGCCGAUAUCUACGACCGGCUUAAGCGGAAAAGCUUUCGCUGGAAAGAUGCGAGUGGGCCAAAGGAAAAACUCGAGAUCUAUAAGCCAACCGCUCGCUAUUGCAUCCGGUCCAUGCUGUCUUUGGAAAGUACGACCCUGGCUGCACAGCACUGCUGCUACGACGACAUCAUGCAGCUAAUCACGAGGGGCAAAGGAGCAGGCACCCCUAAUCUGAUCAGCAUAGAAUUCUCCGCCGAACUUCAUUACAAAGUGGACAUCUUGCCUUGGAUCAUUUGCAAAGGGGACUGGAGCCGCUAUAAUGAAGCCAGGCCUCCUAAUAAUGGUCAGAAAUGUACAGAGAACCCUUCAGAGGAGGACUAUUACAGACAGUUUCAGGAAGCAAGAGAGUACUGAGAAGGAGAGGCAGGGGAAAGAAGCCAACCUCUUUCAGAGUCUGUGGAACACGGGCGGUUGGUCUGCAGGACCCCAAAUCAAAGAAACUCUCAGCAUACAGAUUUAAUGUCCCAUUUCUCCACCCACCCCAGCUAACUGUAUAUAGUUGUAUAGAGUACACAUUUUUUCAUAAGUGUGUUAUUUAUAUAUGCAUAUAGAAAUUGCAUAUGGACCCCUGUGCAAAUAGACAUUUACAUAAUAUUAUGCAUUCUGCACCAAUGUAAGGUUUUGUGCUUUUAAAAUCAUGCUCCGGUAAGGAAAAGCUCAGCUUUCCGUGGUUGAAGCAACAGAACUCAAGAGUCCAUUUCUCAACUGCAAACCCCAGUUAUGGGGCUUUUGCUGGUGGGUUAUCUAUCUAAUGCAGGCACCCCCAAACUGCGGCCCUCCAGAUGUUUUGGCCUACAACUCCCAUGAUCCCUAGCUAAGAGGACCAGUGGUCAGGGAUGAUGGGAAUUGUAGUCCAAAACAUCUGGAGGGCCGAAGUUUGGGAAUGCCUGAUCUAAUGCAUCUGAGAACUGCAUCUGAUUGGUACUACUUUUGUUCAGAACAGCAGAGAGAAAUAUCAGCAUCCGCUGCCAUUGUGCCUGUGCAGAAGUCAGGGACUUUGAUUUGUGUCAAAUGCUACGGUAUGUCUGUGUGAUUGACUCUGGUGAGUAAAAGACUGUGAUACCUAAAGUGUGGCUGACGCAAUCAAAUAUCCCUUAUUCUGCAAAGUGUACAAGUACCUCUGAAAUACUUUUACUAAAUCAAAGCCAAGGACUAUAACCAGAUCAUUAUUAAACAGUUCCUAUACAUAAGUUAUUUAAUACAAAUGCAGCAUAAUUUCCUUAGAGAUAUAUUGAUGAAAAUAUUUAGACAUAUUUAAGAAAAAGAAAGGUGCUUUUUUU